AUGCCACCUCUGUCACACGUGUGUGUGUGCCACCCGCAGCACAGCGCUCGCCGUUUCGGGCCGCCUCUGAGCCGUGCAGCACCGUGCAAGGGCGAAAAACCGCUGCCCUGCGCCUCUGGAAACAAACCGCACCCCAGCGCGGACCUCAAAGUGAAAAGCCGAGGAGGCGGAUCACUGGCGCUUCCUGGACGACUUAACGAAUUGCCUGAAAUUUAUCUCUUUACACCUACUGGAGAAAAUAGUGUUUACUUAGGAGCAGAACUGUUGCAGAUCUGGGACACGGCUGGCCAGGAGAGAUUCCGAACUAUCACCCAGAGUUAUUACCGCAGCGCCAAUGGAGCGAUCCUAGCCUAUGAUAUCAGCAAGAGAGGCUCAUUCCUGUCCAUUCCUCGCUGGAUCGAGGAUGUGAGAAAGUAUGCUGGUUCCAACAUAGUACAAUUACUGAUCGGAAACAAGUCUGACCUAAGUGACCUUCGAGAGGUUCAGCUGGAAGAAGCGCAGAGUCUGGCUGAACACUAUGAUAAUAUCAUCUGUGCCAUAGAGACCUCUGCGAAAGACUCCAGCAACGUGGAAGAGGCUUUUGUGAAGAUGGCUACAGAGCUCAUGAUGAGGCAUGGAGGCCCUAUGUUCAGUGAGAAGAAUACUGACAGCAUCAAGCUUGACAGCAAAGACGUUGUAGAAGGCUGGGGGUGUGGUUGCUGAUAUGAGCUAGGUGAUAUCCGUAACUUUACUGGAAUUUAGAUGGUGCUUCACCCUAAUGCUGAGUAGCACGGUAGCCAUAUUCUCCUCCUCUGUGAAACCAGCAAUUUUGUAGAGGUUAGACACAAUCCUGUUUGCUUUGGUGUCUUAUUUUUUAAAAAGGGACUCUUGAGAGGUGGUCCUGAAAGUCAGACCCUCUGAAAAACUUAACAUUUGUCCCCACCAUUUUCUUUUCUGUAAUCUUUGCACAAGUUAAAAAAGUGGAGGAAACAACUUUGAACUGGUGAUGUGGGGUGGGGAGACAGAUGGUUGGGGAAGAGGCUGAUGCACACCCCAAAUUCUGAAGCAUUUAGCAUGGGACUGUAAGGUCACUUUUGGAACAGGCAAUCUUGACAGUGUCUUUUUAUAUCCUCAGCAUGCCACCAAUGACCAGAAAGUGACCGUGUCUCUGAUAAAGGUAUUUCAAGUGUCAGAAUACCCAGCGUUUUGAUUACAGGACCAAAUAGCAGUCACUUGUUCUAGGGCAUAUGGUUUGCUAGCUAGUAUUGGAGCAGGCCCAGGUGGGGAAGCCUUCUCUCAGGUUUUGUUGUAAUUUUUUUAAGUUACCAUUUUAACUAAAAGCAAAAUCAUCCUGAGCAAUAUCACAUGACUUGCUGUCAAGCAGGAUUGGACCAGUGUAGUUAUUUUAAAUAUAAUUAAAUAUAGCCUUGAGGAUGGGGUAGAUGCAUUUCAUUUAUUAUUGUUUGCACGGUGAUAGCUCCCUUUUCCAAGUGGGUAUCACUGAGUUUUUGCCCUCAGGUCUCUUAAUUUCAUUCCACAACUCAAGACCUGCACCACUGGAAACCAGAACUGGAGAAACCUUAAACUGACUGGUAGCCAUGAUCUCCUGCCAUGUGCCUAAUGGUCAUAUAUAGGGUUAAUUCUGAUCAGACCUUUGACAUUGUUACCAGAGUGUUUAUUGCUUGAGAAGUGGCGUAGUGGGUUUGGGGUUUUGUUUCUGUUUUUCUAAAUCAUCUCUUUAAAUACAAUCUAGACAUAUAAUGGGAAAGAAGACCUCAGAAUAGCUGAAAACUGCCUGCAUUGCAACAUCCUGGUUGUAAGAAACCAGUGUCUUUUUGAGUGAUUCCUUCCCAAAUUUGUACUCAACUGCUUUACUCUCCCUUUCACAGGUUACCACUUGCUUUUCAUUUCUUGAAAACACUCAGCAGGAAAAAUCUUUCACUGUUGAUCAAAAGUCUACAUUAAGUAAAAUAGAUUUCAUAAUUCAACUACAUAUACUGCUCUUUCAGACUCAGCUCUGUAUUAUAUAUUGUAGAUGCAGUUGAACUGAUGGCAGAGUCCGCUUUGGUUUUACUCUCAAGCAUCUUACAAAAAUGGAUUUGCAAAGGGAGCAGAAGUCGGUUUAUUUUUAACUCUGCAGUUAAAGGUGUUCAGAGGUGACAAGUUAUUUUUGCAAUCCUGAUAGCAAAGGAGGUAAUUUUCAGAAAGCACCCACUUGAAGUCACUUGUCCCUUUUGAUCAAAAAGGACCUCAAUUGGUUUGCUACUAGGACUACACCAGUUUUUAGCUGUUCAACUUAUCCAGUAUUGUGAAAAUCAGGAAGUAAGAAAGGGCUAAUGGAUCCGAAUUUCAAUACUAUCCAUCUUCCUACAGAAAAUAUUAAAAACAUUCUCUAGUAUUUCUGGUUUUUUUAAAACUAUGAGGUAGAUAAUUUGAGGAGUUUCAUAUGCUUUGUAGCCUGUUUGCCUCUAAUCUAAGGGGUUAGUUCUGAAGUUUUAUAGCUGUAAGAGUGAAAGGGCCUUAAACUUUUCAAUUAGUAUAGUUUUCACAAUUCUAAUGUUUUAUAUGGAAGGGCAGGUUGAGCUGCUAUAGUCAGUAUUUUUGGAUAGUGUUCCAGGACAUUCCCAGUUCUUCUGUAUCGAAAGAUAACAGGCAGUAAGUGUCCAGCAGUGGCUAGACACUGAAAAUGAAAAUUGUUCAAACUUUAGAUUUGUUAAUGAUCAGCAAACUCUGUGUUCCACUCUCGGAAUAAACUGUGAAGACAUUCCAAGCUAAAACUCAGUCCUGACGACUGCUUUUCCUCCCGGUUAGAUGGUCCUUAAGACACAGAGUGUUUGACUUCUUAUGGUUUACAUCUGUAUGUCGCAGUCCUGCAGUUCUGCAUGCUUGAACAUGGACCCUCGGGUAAGCUCAGCCUCCCGCUAUUUGCAGGAUCGGUGCCAAAUUAUGUAAGCCAUGCUGAUAAAAAUUCACAUACAUUUAGGAACAGUAUUGCUACUGCUCAGAUUGAAAUCAGUAGUUUACAUAGUAAUUCAUCUUAAAACUGGAGCAAGAUGCAAAAUGAACAUAAAUGCUGCUUCCAAUUCAGUCAGUGAAUGAUUGUGUUUUUACAGUAGAUGGAGAACUGAGAAAUUACUGAUCUGUUUCUUUAGACUUGAGUUUGUUUACUAAACAAGUAGAAUUAGACUGAGCCCUAUACUUUUCCUUCCAAUUUGCCCCCAUAUAUCUCUUAAGCUAGUCUUGCAGGUUGAGACUCUGUCUGCAGGUUAGUCUGUUUCAGUCAGAAAACCUGACCUACAGCAGCAGUGAUCUGUUCACUGCGUUUUCAAAUGAAGGCACAAUUCAGAUUAGUUUUCAUUUUGCUGUAGAAAACUAAGUCUGUGGCUUUAAGUCAGCUUUGUCUUCUAACUGGUGGCUCUUCUGUGUUGUAGCAAGUGUAAUACAAGUUUGCAUGCCCUACCUAAGUGGACAAAAGGGAACAAAGAAAUAGACUGAAGACCUGGGUUAUUUUUUCAGGAUAGUAGCAGCUAUGAAUGACAGUGCUUGGGCUGUCAGUAGUAAAAGGCUAUUUCAAUUACCAAACCCUUUCUUUGUCUAUUAGCACAAUACUCAGUAGGCUGAUUUAUUUUCUUGACCAGAAAUAAAUUAAACAGUAAACAUAGCUUAGAGCUUUUCACUCCCCUUCUGAAGACUUAUUAAAUCUGUAAUUCACACACAUAGCUCUGCAAUUCAAGUAUUAGGAAGACAGUCCUGUUGGUUUAAUUUCCUGAAUCCUGUUGAAACCAAAAGGAUACCCGGGUGAAGAGUGAGUAGCAAUAAACCUGAGAUUUAUGGGUAAAAACCUCAGUUUCAAAUCUUAGGUUACAAAUGUGCACUGAUGUACAUCAAGUGAAUAAUUCAGUAGUGCAUGAUCAGAGUUCACAGCAGAAACAUUUGCCAGGAAACCUGUUUACUGGCAGUUGAUCAUUAACAAGACUAUGGUACAGUAAUUGCUUUUAAGCAGGUCUUCUUGGCUGAGCAUGUAUUUGCAUUAGUUUUUAUCAUUUAUUUUUGGCAAAGUGUACAAAAUAUUACAAAAACACAGAAGGGGACAUUGAUCCCUGCCUUGUAAUACUUAGGAGUGGAAUGCAGAGGCAAAUACUGAAAUGAAAUCAUCAGCAGAAUGUGGUUCCCAGGAGCAUGGGCAUUGUUAUCCUUUGUAUUGAUUUUGAUUUAAGCUAAUUUUAUCUGCAGUUACUCAUCCAGUCCAUCAUCAUGGAUGGUACUUGUACAGAUAUUUACAAUUAAGUAAAUAUAAUAUACAAUUAAGUAAAUAUAAUACCAAAUAAGUGUCAGCCUAGAAACCUGCUAACAUUUGCUUUGCAAAACAAAAAUUUUAAAAAAAUGAAAAUACUUAAGAGCAGAGGAAAAGUCCCUAAUGAUUUUAUCACUUUCACUGUACUGGAAAGCAGAUCACUUUUGUGGAGGGAAAAACUACCAAACUAAAUGAAGCCUGGCUAAUACCACACAGCUUUCUAAGAACUUCAUGAGAAAUGGAGCUCUUACUCGGUUUCCUUGCCUUUAAAGAAGAUAAUAUUUAUUUGAAGAAUAGAGCUGGUUGUCAUGUGCAAUACACCUGUGUUACUGCAGUAGUACAUCACUGUAUGUACACACUCACACAGUAGCACCCUUAAAUAACAUUAAAGCCUUUCCUUGAGUUGCCCCAGUAUCUAUUGUCCCCCUGAUAUGUCCACCUCUGUUAUUUAAUCUCUUAGUCCCAGCCAGUUGACCAUUUGAAUGUCUUUUGCCAUCUCAUGCCAAUCCUGAGGGAAUGGGGAGAUAAUAACAUUAUUAGCUUCCCUUCAUGGUACUCGAUGUUGUAAUGAGAGUCUCUUUAAAACAAGAUGAAUUUGUAUGUUAUUUCAUUAAUAGAAAUUGUUUAUCCUGCUUUCAAAACAUUUAUAUGUUAACAGACCACUGAAGUUUACCCUACUGCAUUAUUUUGGGUAAACAGUGUGCUGGAGGAAAAUGAAGUGAGAACAAUACAUGCUUUGUGAAACUGAAAAAUAAAGUUACUCUCCUUUUGGUAUCUCCCAGCCUUGGAGAGUGGUCACUUCAACCCCUGUCAGUCAUUCUCUGUGGAGACCAGGUUAUGGGUGGAGUGUGCAACCAGUAAACAGGGAAGAUCCAAGGAGUGAGUAUGUACUCUUUUGUGAAGAGGUAGCUCCCACAUGACUCGCUUUACCUCAGUAGCUGGUGAUGACCAUGUAGCUUGUAUUCCCACCCUUGUGGUACAAGAAGUGAGGCAAUUAAACAGCAGUGGAGGCGAGGACGCAUAGUUCUUGGUCAAAUUGAAAGGAAAUGAAGCCCAAAGUUUAGGCUAAUCACCCUAGCCACUUAAUUAUGCUUUCUCAAAUGAUACUAAGUUGUUUUAUCUACUAAAAGGCAUUCCAGAUUUACAAAUUUGGCAAUAAAUGAUGCCACAUUGUUGAUGUAGAUUAAUAGUUACAUUUUAUUACAGUUGUGAGAAGCAUGGUGAUCAGAGUCACAGAGCAGAGAGUCCUUUAGGUUGUUCAGGCUGUUCUCAGAUUUGACAAUUCUUUUCCAUGCUGUAAGAAGAGAUCCACAGAUUUGGGAAAUACUGGCUCAGUUUUGGUUUUGUAGUAUCAUCUGGUGCUGAUCAUCCCACUGAGAUUUCAGUUAGAGAACCAGCCUCCUGGGUAUCUCAGUUUUUACUGGCCAGGUGAUGUUAGAUUUCUUUUAACUCAAUUGAAUUGGACUAUAGAGCUAUUCGAAGCUGCAAAAAUUCUCAAAUGGAAGCAUUUAAUUGCAAUCCCCACUGUGCACACUAUUCCACAACUCAAUGUUCUGAUUUCUGGCACAAGUUUACCCCUCUGCAUCUUUUUUAUCAUUUCAUUUCAGUUUACUUGGAAAACAGCAAGGUUACAAAAUCAAACAAACAAGCCAACCCAAAUGUAUAUUUGCUGUCCAUGGAAUUGUUGCCAGAGGUUAGAUAAAAAUAGCCAGCAUACUCUCCUAUCCUCAUCUUAGAUAGCAUUUUUUUUAAUAUGACUGAAAAAUGUUAAAAUGCACUUUAAAAAUAAUUCUUCAAAGCACAAAAGGGUUGCAAUUUUUCAGGUUGGUUUGUUUGUUUUGUUUUGUUUUGUUUUUUUUUUAAUAAGGGUUUCCAUUACUUGAAUACUGAUAAAGGUAGUUCUGUAUUACAUUUGUAACUUUAGGCAUCACUGAAGACAGACUGUGUCAACAACAGUCUUGUUUUUCCAUAUGAGUCAGCGGCCAGUGGAAAACAAGGGAACAGCAUAACUUCACAAGAAUGAGAAGAGUGAAGCCUGAGUAACAGUCAGGGAAGAUUUUCUGUUUAGUCUGAUAAAAUGUGUUAGGUUUAAUCAAUGCUUACUCAGUUCAAAGAAAACACUGUCCUUCCCAGAGGUAAAAUAAUACACUAAACAAAUAGUUAUGGGUUUGCUUGUUCACUCUUUGUACAACAGAAAUUUGGCUGCUGUCUAUUCUAAGAGCAGACUGCUAAAUUAGGUAAGUGUAUGGUAACAGCAGAGUUUUGUAUUUAUGAGGAGAGCUACUAAAUUGGCUCAAAGCUGGAUUUAAAACCUAUUUCUUCCAUUAUGAGAUAAAAAGGAUGGAUGUCUGCCCCAGGACACCAUUUGAAAACCAUUAGAAGAUCCAAGAUCAUACCUUGAUAAAAAUUUAUUGAGGGUCUAUCAUUAAAAAAUGUCACUUUCCAUGUUUCUUCUGUAAGAUAUUUUUAGACUUCAAUUGAGUUAUUUCCAAUUCAGUUAUCCAACUGACAAUGAUUUCUACUUUCAACCUCAAAUUUAACAGAAAACUGAGGAUUAAUCUUCCCGUCACAAAGCGCUGAAGGGCCACCAGAUAGGCUGUAACCAACACGUUUUUGCAGACGUUUAGCUAUCAAUCUCCUGCUCCUGUGACAGUUACUUAAUAUUUGCAACGUGUAUAUAUAAUAUGCUGUACUCUGAAAUCAAUCAAGUCCAGCUCUGCGAUCAUUCAGCCAAGGAGAUAGUGUAGGUCAGGGUAGAGUAUCAGGCAGGUAUAGCAGCUUCACAAAGCUUCUGUUUCAGCCACUUCUGUCUAAAGCUUACAUAGCCCAUUCAAAAUUUAAAAUACUACGUGAACUAUUUUCCUUCAGUCAUAACGUUAAAAAAAUCUUACUCUGAUAUCUUUUAAUUUUAAAGCCUAGACUAGGAUACUAAGAACAGUCAUUUAAAGCUUUCAUAAGAACAUAAACCUUAUUAUUGAGUAUUCUGUAAGAGUUUGAACUGUAAUUGCCCAAUAAACUCACUUAGACAUCUUAAAGUACAUACUCUUUGGAUGUAAUAGCUAGCUAAAAGGAUCCAAGUUUCUGUAAAUUUUAGCUUAGAGAAAGUACCUUACAUAUGACCAAAACUGAGGCAAGGUAGCAGUUCUUUUUAAUUGUUCAAUCAAUAAAAGAAACCACCUUAUGACACAAAGAUUACCUUCUCCAGAUAAAAGCAGAGGAAAAUAUUAAAUGAAUGCCUGUAUUUCCUUAGAAAUUGUCUUUUUAGGGCACCUGACCAACAUGAUCUGUGUAUGUCCAAAAGCCAGUCUCUUUUGAGUAACUUCUAAGUAGCAGCCUGUAACACUGCACUGUGCUGCAAAACAUGCGAUGAUCAACACCCAUUUUUUCUGCAAUAAAUUCUGUAAGUAAUACAGAUUUAUACAAAGAUGUAAGGGGGUGAUUGUGGAUAUCUAAACUCCUGUAUGUGUAAUCAGUGAAAGAUUGUCCUUUGAACGUAACAUGCAAACUUGUCUUGACAAUUUGAAGGUACUUUUUAAAAAUGAGUCAAGAGCUGAAUUUUUAGAGACAUUAAAGCUGCAGACAGUUGCCUGCUAAUUUCUUAAAAAGCAUCUUGUUACCACUGCAAACAAGCACAGAACUUGUAAGGAACUGGUUUUGCACUAAAGGGAAAUAGUUAUCAGGAAAAAAAACCAAAAACACAAC